AUGAACGAUGCCGAAGAAACCACUGCCACGCCUCAACUUCCAGCUGAAACCAUAAUAGACUAUGCUGAAGAAUCAAGAAAGAUUGAAGAAAAAGCUAAAGCUUAUCUUGCACGUCAAACAAAACCAGUUAUUGUUCCAUCAUUUGCUGGAUGGUUUGACUUUGAAAAGAUCCAUGAAAUUGAAAAAAAAUCAUUACCAGAAUUCUUCAAUAGUAAUUCAAGAUUUAAAACUGAAAAAUCUUAUCAAGAUAUUAGAAAUUUUAUGAUUCAUACUUAUAGAUUAAAUCCAACUGAAUAUUUAACUGUCACUGCAGCAAGAAGAAAUAUAGCUUCUGACGUUGCCUCGAUCAUUCGUAUCCAUGCAUUCUUGGAACAAUGGGGGUUAAUCAAUUAUCAAAUUGAUCCAAAAACUAAACCAUCUUUAAUUGGGCCACAAUAUACUGGGCAUUUCCAAAUAGUGUUGGAUACCCCAGAUGGAUUAAAACCAUUCAUACCUGAAGAUGCUAAAAUCAUAAAUGUUGAACAAGAUAAACAAAUAAAUGGUGGUGGUGAUGAAGAUGAAAGUAAUAAUGUUCCAAAUGGUGGUGAUAUCCCAUUGAAUUUAGAAUUAAGACGUAAUAUUUAUGAUUCCACUUCAGACGCAGUUGCUCUUAAUGAACAAGAUAGACUAUCUCAAAGUUUAAAUACAAAACAAUUCACAUGUUAUGUCACAGGGAAUGAUACUACGGAUGUUAGAUAUCAUAAUUUAAGAACCAAAAAUUCAAUUUCCGCAAGAGCUUUUAAAGAAGGUCAUUUUGGUUCAAAUUUCCAUUCUUCAGAUUUUGUUAGAUUAGAAAAAUUACAAAAACAAGGUGAUGCAGCACCUUGGAAUGAUCAAGAAACUUUAUUAUUAUUGGAAGGUGUUGAAUUAUUUGAAGAUGAUUGGGAAAAAAUUGCAAACCAUAUAGGAUCAAGAACAAAAGAACAAAGUAUUGCUAAGUUUAUACAGUUACCAAUUGAGGAUAAAUACCUAAUAAAGCAAUUGAAUGAUAAAAAAUCAGUUUCAAAAGAUUCUCCAAAAGCUAGUUCAAAUACAAAUGAUGCAGUUUUGAAAACUAUAAAAUUUUUGAUUAAAAACAUUGAUCCAGAAUUAGCAUCUAAAGAUUUAUUACAAAAUGAUGAAGAUAUUCAAAAAGCUGUUAAAUUAACAGUAGGUUCAAUAAUUGGACAAUCACAAUUGGAACAAUCAUCAUUACAAAAAGAUUCAAGUCAAUUAUUAGAAAAUCUAGUUGAUUUAGAAUUAUCAAAAGUUGAAUUGAAAUUAAACAAAUUAUCAAUCUUGGAAAAACAAUUGAAUGCAGAGAAGGCAGAAUUAGCAAACCAACGUAAAGAUAUACUAUUGGACAGAUUGUCGUUAAAGAAACAAUCAGUAUCAGUUCGUAACAAAUUGUUGACAGCUGCUAAAUCAUCAACUCCUGAAGAAGGUGCUAAACUAGCACAAGAAGCUCUAGAUAUUGCAGUGAAGGCUCCAAGAACUGUAUUGAUAGCGUCAGCUCCAUCAAAACAGGAAGCUACUGUUGUUAGUUCUAAUGAACAAGAAAAAAAUGCAGUGGAACAAAAUGAAAAUGAUCAAGUUGUUCCAGUUUCAUUAGAAACUCCACAAAAUUAUCAAUUCUGGAAAUUAUGA